AUAUAUUUUAUUUAAUAUCACUUAAUGUAAUUUUACAAUAAUGUCGAAACACCACAUGCAAACAUAAAGGCGUGUACCUACUUCUCAUAGUUGCCAGAUUUGAAACGUUUUCCGUUACUAUAGAAACACUUUAAUUUUUCGAAAAAAUAGUGGAUAUUACUUCAAUAAAGUUAACUAAAAUAACACGUGUUGUUAAAGACUAAAAAAUUUAACUAAUUUAAUUUAAAAUCUAACAGCUACUUGUGUUUGCAGGACUUUUAUAGUGCUUGUGAUUAUGUGGGCGGAUUGUCAAACCUGGCAGCACAGACUUCCUCAUCCACUGGUUUAAAAGCGGGAAACUGACGUUUUCAGACAAACAGGGAUGAAAAAGUUUACUACAGCUUGAUAAAUAUUUGUUAAGCCGCUUCUCUGUGGAUUAUUUCUGUUAGUAAACAUGCUAACGCGGCUCCUAUCGACGUUAUUUGGUUAAAAAUGUAAGAAAGGCGACCAACCGGCGAAGCUGUGAGUCCGUUGGCAGGACAAGGCUCUAAACAGGGCCAGAGGAGGACUUUGGGUUAUGUUAACUGAAGUCAAAAUAUUUAUUUCUCCAUGAAAGAGAAUAAAAUGAAGCCGAAACGCACCCAGAAGCCAACAGCACCCAAGUGGGAAGGUAAAGGUGGAAACACUGGUGAUAAGACGACUCUGAGCCAUGCCAAGCAAACAUCACUCGUGUCUUCUGCUGCAAAAGUCCGACCCUUUGCUGGGAAGGUGUUUUACCUGGACCUGCCAUCAAACAGAAUAGCAGAGCGGCUGGAGGCUGACAUCAAAGACCUGGGAGGGACUGUUGAGAAGUUCUUCAGUAAGGAAAUUAGGUAUCUGGUAUCGAACAAGCGGGAGGCUCGGUACGUUCACUGCCUCACACAUGACUCUCCUGUCCCGAGUCCGGACUCUGGGCAGAGUUCACCUCAUCCUCCAUCCAACCCACAGCGACCCGGCAGCCACGGAGACGGCAAAAGCAGAUCUCAGGGUCAAACGGAAGCAUUUGUCACAAGCCGAGGGAAGUCUUUGGUGGAGAGAGUGGUGAAGGGGCAGGAGAGGGUACAAAUGAACAAGAUGCUGUCAAAUGCUCUGGACUGGGGAGUGAAAGUCCUCUACAUAAACGAUGUAUUGACUUAUGUUCAGAAGAAAAAACGGAUCAUCAGCCGCCAGAUUCCUGCAGCGGCUGCAGUCAAAAGAACUGCCAAAGCUGAAUCAGCAUCAAAGCGAGCCUUUCAGAAAAUCAAAGGGGGGCGGAUCUGUAAACCCUUUAUCAAGGUUGAAGACUCAAGCAGACACUACCGUCCAAUCCACCUCACGAUGCCAAACAUGCCAGAGUUUAACCUGAGGACUGUCGCUCCCUGUAGUCCGUUCUGUGCCAACGAAAAAGAUCCUCCUGGAAACAAACGGCGAGGACAAAGAGGUGUGAAGGCCUCAGGCAGCGAGGAAAAAGCUCACGGCCGAAAGAAGAACCGAGACAAGAAGCGAGGAGGCUACUGCGAGUGUUGUAUGAUCAAAUACGACAGCCUCACAAUGCAUCUGCACAGCGAACGUCACAAGGCUUUCUCCAGGAGUGAUAAAUACUCGGUGGUGGACAGACUGAUCUCAUCUCUGCCCUGCGACUUCAUCCACUUCCAAACCAAAGUCAAAAGACCAAAGUGCAGCGUUUCCUCUGCUAUCAUCAUUCCUGGACCAUGUGGGAGACCCGACUUCAGACAAGAAGGAGAUGUUGAGACUGUGGAUGGAGAUGAGGGGUCAUAUUCAGAACACAAUUUAAAAGUGAGAUCAACAGCCGAUUCUUCAGCUCUGAUUCACGGAGAUGGCAUUCGGAGGAAGUGUAGCACUUACUCAAACAGAUCCAAACACAAAUCUCUUGCACGAAAGCGGCCGUGUAGACAGAAUUCUUUGACUUCUUACACAGAAAAGGCUGAACUGACUCAAAUUUCUGAGGUACAGUCGGAAACAAGCCACUAUUUUCCAUCCAGAGUCCCGCAGACUGAGCAGGUGAAUCACAUAUCUCACAGAAACACAAGCAGCUCAACCUCUCCUCUUCAUAAUAUGGACAUCCACAGUGAAAGAAACCUCAGUGGUAAGAGAAAUGUUCCAGAGGAUCCUGAUACGAACAGGGAUUCGUUGACGUUAGAGGCCGUUCAGGACAGAAAUGCUUUCCAGGAGAGGGUGGACGAAAAGAAUCUCCCCGAAAAGGAAGAAGAUGAAAGCUUUCCUACACAGAGCUUCUCUCCGGUCCGAAAAAUCCAGAGGAGGGUCAGAGUUUAUAAGCGCAAAAGACGGAAACUGGACGCAAACGUUGAACAUGAAAACCUGAGAGACGUUUCAGACUCUUUACUGAAUCUGUGGAAGCUUUUCCAGUCCAGUGACGACAUGGAUGUGGAGUUUCAUGGAUUUCCAGACUAAGAAAUAUCAAAUAAAUAAAAGGGAUGAACGAGACUUUUUGUGACAUAGACUAAACAGGCUGUUAGAUUUCUCGUCAUGCAAAUUAAAAGAAGAUGAAAAGAUCUA